UAUACUACAUGUGAACUUUAUAAAUGGUAAAAAAAUGUGUCGUAUAAAAAUAAAUAUACCGUUUCACAAGUAAGAGAAAUAUCGAUCAGAUACUAAAUUGAUGUAUACUUCGAUACUUGUGAAAAAUAUAUGUAAUAAUUAGAUUUUUAGCUUGAAUAGUUUAGCGAGGCCUACUAUGUUUUUUUGUGAUAAACAAGUGAUUAACUAAUGACUUGCCAAGUGUGCGAUGUUUUAAUGAUAAUUUUUCGUCAUAUAAAAGUAUGUUUUUUACAAUUAUUAUACAUAUUACUUUUUCAAUAUCAGGGUAAAAUAAAACGCAUAUUAAAAUAAUAAUGUUAUACAUCUGUCUUCUCUUUGUAAAUAUCGUAUUUACUGUUCACUUUGGAAUCAAAAAGCUCAUGAACGUUUUUAAAACUUGUUGAAUUUUCACCCCAAGUUUUUUGCUUUCUUCAUCGAUUUAUUUUCAAUUACUCGAAACAAUGCAUUCAAUGAUCUAAAAAUUUUUACAAAUGAUCGGCUAGUCUCUUAGAUUCUUGGUAAACUCGUGCCAACAUUUUAAACUAAGAUAUUACGCGUUCAGCGACAUGCAUAGUUGAAUAAUACUUGAGUCACUAAAUUAUUAUUUUCACGAUUUCGUCUCAGAUAAAUAUUUGAAAAAUGCGAGCAGCCCAGAAAUGUGUAUUAUUGUUUCAUCACCGCUGUCACGCGAAUCAAGGCUUAUUGGGAAAAUUCUUAUGCAUUUCAAGUUCAUAUACAAAAUCGUUUCAUAGUGGUAUACGGUAUCAUACAGUUUCUUCUUAAUUUGUCCUUCAAUUUCUUGGCGAAAACUGAACUAUCUCUUAAAAAUCCUUGAAUUUACUUCCUCAACUUAAUACUCUCGAAAAAACCUCUAACAAUAAGCUUCUCGAACCGCUUCAUCAAAUAUUGACAUCGUGUUCCAAAAUUUUCUUCUCGUAUCAUAUACUGUCUACACCCCCAGAACUGAUUAUUCCGAUGGACUGCGAUUAUGCACAAAAAAGGGUAUCUACUUGCGUUUCAUACCCCAAUGACACACGCGCGCAGGUAAAAAGACACGCAAGUGGGGAUAGUUUGUGCUCAUGUUGCGACCAUCGCUCUAUUUCUGUCGAGCGCUUCAGUCUAUCGUUUAGCCUCUGCUCGUGUCAUCAUAUUUUUACUUGAAGCAAAGUUUAAAAAUUCCCCCACCUUAGUGAAAAAAGCAAGCAUUUUUUCCAAAAUAGAGCACUGUGAUAAAAAUAACUAAAAGCAAAAGUUAUUCCAAAUCAAUCUAGCUCUUUGAGCAAUAAUCUUAUUUAAAAAACUCCAUUUUGUCACAUAGUUAUUUAGUGUUGAGUGUGAAUUGAUCAGAUUAACGUGAAAAUGUUUUGGCCAGUCGAGCCAGACGAGGAUGAAGAAGCACUCCUCAGCAGUCCUGCUCUCAUGUCCAGGAGAGCUUCAGAAUCGUGGAUCGACACACCACCUGUUGAGGCAAUGCCAAUGAACUUUGGUCUGCAAAGGAAGAAGUCACUGCCGGACGUGGCGCAACCCAUACAACUCGCAGCAACGGCGCCUCUUUCCAGGGAAGAGGUCAGCGCACUGAGCAGCAUGAGGCGCGAGGAAAUCCGAAGACAAUACGACGAACACGAGAGACUCAGGGCCAAUCCUCUGCUAUAUCUAGUCAGUCCUCAAGUCAAAGACUGGUUUUCUCGUCAACAAAUGGUGCUUCUCAUCUUCAUUGUCAAUAUUUCAUUGAUUGUGAUGUUCGUGAGACUGUUGACGUAGCAUAUAGAGGCAGGUGACCAUAGGCUUGAAUGUCGAGUCGUCGAAGUCACUUGAAGAAUUUGAAAACGACGAAAGGAUAAUUACGAAUUAUAUUUAUACGCAGAAACUGACUCAAGUAUCAGACAAAUCUUAGACAAUGAACGAUGGGACGAGUAUUUCAAGCCGCAUCGAUGUGACAAAAAGAAACGAACUUUUCUAACGAUUCGGAAAAAAGAAGAAUCGAAAACUUAAGCGCACAAAAAACACAAUUUAGCAAAAUAAGAAUUUCAAAUAAAUUUAAAAAAGGAAAAAAAUUAUGUUAUUAAACUGUUGAGCCAUCGACGAUCGUUUUAAACCGUGACUGUUACUUAAUUGAUCGACGUCGGAUCUUCGAAGUUGUAUCGAAGGUUUUUAGUGUUGUGAAGUGGCACGCAGUGCGAUGCCAAUAACGGGACUUUAUAAAUAAUAAAUUGUAUUGUUAUUUAACUGUAUCGACAAAAGAAACUUUUAUCUUGAGACGGACACAAAACUAUUGUAGCGGAGAAAUAUUAAGCCCAUACUGAUCGACUGAUGAAGCUAUUUGUAAUAUAUUAUUAAUUAAUUGAUAAUGAUAAAUAUAUUGAAUAAUAAAAAAAUGAAGCCAAAUGCGUGAAGAAAUGUUGAUAUUUAUAAUGCAAAAAAGAAAGAGGAACAAUAUAAUGAGCAUAUCGCCAGGUCGUUUUUAGCACGUUAUUAAGCAUAAAGUAUGUAAAAUAUUUAUAGUUAAUACGAGUCGAAGCGACGAAAAAAAUAAAAUAAUAAAAAAGAAUGUACUUGAAAUAUUUUAUGAAAUCAAAUGAUCGUCAACUGCACAACAUUUGUAACUUUGCCGCUAUGUUAUUUUACGAUUUUAUUAUAAAUACGUAUUCGUAUAAAUAUACUUAAUAGAUAUAUAUUUCUUGACGAAGCCAAACGACAAAGUCGCUCGUUGUCGUUGUAAUUCACAAAAACGUACCUUUGAAUAAACUUAUAUACAUAUAAAUUAUAAAUAUAUAUAUAGAUUAUAUUGCAACACAGCCAGAACAAUGGUCAAAGAUUUUAUUCUACAACGUUUAUAAAAAAUCAUAUUUGAUGGAAGCAAGAAUUCAGUCUGAUUCUAUGGCGUUUUUUCCUUUUUUAUAUUAUAUAUUAUGCAAAUAUUACAAUGCAUUUUCUAUAUUCCGUCGCUUCAUGGCGACUUGCACAAUAUUUACAAGAUUUCCUAUUUAUUCAUAGGGAAAAAUACAAAAUUUGCAUAUUCUGGUCAAAGCAGUGAAAGAUCCAAAAGAUGGGUAUCAAAAAUUAAAAAAAACGCCAUGGGAUGAGAAAACAUUUUUUCUACCAAUUCAAAUUUAGAGAGAACGUUUUCCUAUAAACAAGUGUUUCACCGCGCGCUACACAAAAGACAGAUUAUAAUAAUUAUAAAGAAAAAGUAAAAUUUAUUGGGAAUGCACGUGUGCAUGCAACUGUGAAUUUGAGUGUGAGUCCGAAAGAUAUUACAAGUGUGAGUAUAAUAAACUAUAAAACUGAAUUGAAACAUGUAAAUUAAAAAUUAAUCUCUUGAUUGACUUUAAACCUUGCAAUUUUUUAAAAAACGUUAUGAAGAUUAGAAUUGGAAAUAGCAACUAUUCAUGGAAAAAAACUCGCUAUAAGUAAGUGUAUAUCGAACGCUGGUAAAUAGCUGAGUUUUCGUUUGGCGUUUGCCGUGUGAUAAUAAAAAUAAAUUGAACCACCUCGAGAGUCUAUAAUCGUUUGCAAAAACAAAAAUGUAUUUAUCCAUCACACGAAAAUAUGGUGCUUUUGAAAACCCCUGAUUGCUUUGUGCUCAUUUAUCAGCGUUCUUUAGGGCGAACGAAAUACGUAACCAUUUUUAGAUUCCUUGUUAAUUGAAGAUCGCAAUUUAGGAAAUUACACGGUUUGAUAUAUGCAAUUAAACGUUAUCAUGUACAUCUGAAUGAAACAAAGCAAUUUAAUUACUAUAAUUGGGCUUAACAAAAGUAUCGAUGUUUUUUGGGUAUCUCGUGCCUUCUAUGCCUUCCUGAAUAAAUGCAGAUAACUAAUUUGAAAUCCAUGCAAUCAGCUCUGCUUAAUAAUGAAACAAAUUAACAAAAUUAUCUUGACUUAUUAAAUUCGAAUCAAUUCUAUAAUAUGACAAGCCAAGCUUGCAUUGCAUAUGAGCUGUUUCGAAAUUGUUACAUGAAAGUAAAACUCUCGCUUUUCAGAUGAUUAUCAUCAUGAUGAUAUCAUGACUGUGUACUUUUUUAAAUCUAAAACGAUAAUUAGAUAAAUAAAAUCAAUAAGUGUCAAGAUAAAAAACUUCAAAAUUU